AUGCCCACUUGCUCUGGAGCCGCUCAGGUGUUUGGCUGUCUGCCCGAGUUGCUCUUCAGAUCGCCCUCAUCAACGCAGACCUUGAGGGUGGUAGCGGUUGAUAUUGCCGCCAUCGACUCUAAGCCUGAUAUUCUUCACGUUCUACGUGUGAAACUAGCCAGACGAAAUGCCAAACUGGGAUCGUCUACCUUUGGCUUUGUCCAAAACACUGUCGAUACGACCUUAAACCUCAUAGAUGACAGCAUUCGACGUCAGUGGCCCGAGACCAUCAAGAGAGACACAAUUACCGUUCCACCAGUGCCUCUCUACAAAGUAUCGGAUCAACUGCUGUUGAAGAAUAGUCACUCUAUUUUGGACAACACUUGGGGCCGCUCUCAGAAAGCCUUUACUUACUCGAUCACCCCUUACACUCCUCCAUCAUCCGCUAGAGUGGUCUUAGCAGAGCGAAAACUGCCGGAAGCUUCAAUCUUCACACGCACGGAAGACAUACUCUUUUGUCUUGUCGACUUUGAGCUAUGGGUUGAGGAGUGCCUCAGCAGUUGGUUAGCUGCCAACAUGUCGACCUCAUCUGCAAGUUCUUCCCUCGCUGGACUGAUGCAGAAAUAUUAUGCUAUGGCCAAAAAGAAGUACCAGUCACGUGUAGAACAAAUGUCGGUUAUGCUUCUCACGCUGUUCGAGUUGUGGGUGGCACUGGACUCCAUUGUAAGUACCAUACAUCCGCUCCUAUACGCGUAUCCACCGGAAUUCUCCGUAGAGUUAUUUGAGCCACUUCUUCUCCGUAACAGAACGGAAUUGGAGAGACUUUCCAAAAUCGAACAUCACAUCAGAUCGCGACAGUCACGGUGCCCUUCGAACAAUCCUUCGCUCUCCGCCGACCCGUCACCGGAAUACUUUGCUGUUAGAUUUUAUGACCAAUCUUCUGACCUACAAAAUUCGCGCACCCGGGUCGAACAAGAUGCCCACCAAGCGUGGAGAGCCAAGUUCCAAAUGUGGGAACGGAAGAAGAGAGACUUUGACAUACUCAUGAAACAAGUUGAAGAAAUGGAAUGUGGCAUCUUCACCCCUCGAAGAGUGGACAGGCAUGGGAAGCAAUAUGUCGGAAGGCCCCGGCAUGACAAAUUUUGCCGCAAAUGUGCGAAGGAGAAGAGUGCUAAGAAUAUUGACAUAUCGAAGCACGAGUGGCCGCUCCCAGAAGACGAGACAAUGUGCAAAGCUGUCAUCUUUGAACUCGUCCCUCCCGAGUCGAUUGUCUCCUGGAGGGACGCUACAUUUUUCUUACUCCACGAUAUGGGCAGGGACAGAAACAUUACCGGGUUGCCUUCUAAGCAGGUAUUGCUAUCAUACGUGCCACUUGAGAAAUGCGUCCAGCGCAAAAAUAGACGUGUCACUCUCACGUCCUCGGUCAAGCCUGUGAUCCAGUUGCACUACCUCUGA